CUCCUAACCUCACUCUUCUUGUUGGAUUUCUUUCCAGCCGAUACCAUGUGCCCGCGAGUGUAGUGCCGGAAUUUUCCUAUUAUUUUGUGGAAAAACAAGAUAAUUCUGGUUGAAAAUAUUCGCCAACGAUGGUUCUGGAAACAAUUCACCGACCUGGUGCGUUAAAGCAGACGAAUAAAUCGCACAAACAUGGAAAACACACAUCGAAACGUGAGUUGGAACGGCUGGCGAAAGGCAAAGUGAACCUAAAAACACUUACCCGUCGCCCGAAUCGUCAACAAUCGCGCGAUGAACGACGCCAGCAAGCGGUUCAGCUGCGUAAAAACAAACGUCAGGAGGCGAUCGCACUGAAACGGGCCAUCGGUGGUGCCCUGACGGCCCCAUUCCUGACCUGUGUGCUGCCACUGAACGAAAUGAUUGACCCGAACUCGGCACUCGCUUUCAUCGAAGGUUGCGAUCCGGAAGCGACCGUAACGAAGGUGUCCGAUCGGAUACGCUACAUGAAUGUACCACGUUUCCGCCAACGGUUUUCAUUCGUCGUCCCGGAGAUCGGACAUGGCCGAGAGCUGAACGUGCUGGAUGCGCUGAAAGUUUGCGAUUCCGUCGUUCUGCUACUCUCAGCCGUUGCAGGCGAUACGGACGAGGUGAUCGAUAAGUUCGGUGCAAAGGUACUGAACAUGGCACUCACGCAAGGUCUCCCAACGCCGAUGGUGUGCCUAAUGGAUCUGCAAUCGAUUAACCCGAAGAAACGCUCCCAAACGAAGACAACCAUACAGAAGGUGGUUUCGAGCGUACUUCCGGACGAAAAGAUAAUGGAACUGGAAAAGCUUACCGAUGCGCUGAAUCUUCUGCGUCGUAUCGGCGGUCAAAAGCGUCGCGUAAUGCACAACCGUUCCAAUCGUCCACAUUUGCUUGGGGAAAAGGUGGAGUAUGUGCCGAAUGCUGCGGAAGAAGCGGAAAAAGAUCGUCCGCUGGGAACACUGAAAGUGACCGGAUUUCUUCGUGGUAUACCACUGUCCGUCAAUCAACUCGUACACAUACCCGGACUGGGUGAUUUUCAGCUAGAACAAAUCGCUUCACCGACCGAUCCUUACCGGAUGCGCAAGAUGGAAGAUGGCGAAAUGUCCAGCCUUGAAGAGAGAGCACCAUUGCUUCCCGACCCGGAACAGCAGACCGGUUUGCAGCGAGAAAAUAUACCGGACGAGAUGGAUGCCGAACAGACGUGGCCGACAGAGGAUGAAAUAGCAGCAUCGCGUGCUGAGAAUAAAAAGAAGCUCGUAAAGCGUGUCCCGAAAGGUAUGAGCGACUAUCAAGCAUCGUGGAUUCCGGAUAUUGAGGAAGAGGAAGAAGAUGAGGAUGAGGACGAUGAUGAGGAUGACGACGACGAUGGUGAACAGUAUAUGUCCUGUGAAUCGGACACCGAAAGCAAGGUAGGCGAACAGGACAACGAAGACGACGCAGAACAGCAGGACUCCGAUCAGGUAAGCGUUUCGGACGAACCACCGGUCAGUGUCGAUCGGUACGAUAAAGAGAUGGACAUGGAGGAAGAGCGCUCUACACUGGCCAAAAUUCAAGCGGCCAAGGUCGAUGAAAUGUUCCCGGAUGAGAUCGACACACCGGCGGACAAGCCUGCCCGUGAACGGUUCAUCAAGUACCGUGGGUUGGAAUCGUUCCGCAGUUCACCGUGGGAUGUAAAGGAGAACCUGCCGUACGAUUAUGCUCGUGUGUAUCAGUUCCAAAACUUUGACCACACCAAGCGACGUAUUAUAAGAGAGGCCCAGCAGAAGGAGGGAAGUGAUGUGGCCAUGCCCGGUUGGUACAUUCGACUACACGUGAAAAAUGUGCCCCUGGAUGUUUGGAAUGCGUUCGUGUCGGCGAACGGCGAUCGGGUGAUCGUUUACGGUAUGUUGCCUCAUGAGCAUCAGAUGUCGGUGAUGAACGUGUGCCUGAAGCGUACACCAAACUCAACGAUUCCGAUCAAAUCGAAGGAACGGAUGAUUGUGCAGUGUGGCUAUCGGAGGUUCAUCGUAAACCCGAUCUACAGUCAGCACACGAACGGUGAUAAACACAAGUACGAGCGAUACUUCCGACCGGGGAUGACGGUAGUGGCCACAUUCUUUGCACCGAUCCAAUUUCCACCAUCGCCGAUUCUUUGCUUCCGGGAAAAUCCGGACACUUCACUAGCGAUGGUUGCUUCGGGCAGUUUGCUGGCGUGCAAUCCGGAUCGGGUGGUGUUGAAGCGCGUAGUGCUAAGUGGACAUCCGUACAAGAUAAAUCGUCAGUACGCUACGGUACGGUUUAUGUUCUUCAAUACGGAAGAUAUUGCGUACUUUAAGCCGUGCAAGCUGCGCACAAAGCUCGGUCGCGUGGGGCACAUUAAGGAAUCGCUCGGUACGCACGGACACAUGAAGUGUGUGUUCGAUAGUCAGCUUAAAUCGCACGAUACGAUCCUGCUUUACUUGUACAAGCGUGUGUUCCCGAAGUGGACGUACGAGGAUUGUAUUGUAUCGUGCCAGCCGGAUGCUGGUGCCGGUGACCGUGAAUCGUCGAAAAGUGAACGUUCCGUAACGUUCAACACAAAGGUGGAGAUGAUGCAGGAAUAG